UUUGUUUUUUUUUGAGGUAAAUAUUGAGGUGAUUUUUGGCCUUAAAAAGUUAUUAUCUCCCUCAAUAAAAGAAUAUCCCUCCAAUUUCUAAACAUUAUCCUUGUGUUUCCAGUGUCUUAUUGUUGCUCAACCCCUCAAGUUCAACUAGCAUACUACAUUAAUUCUACAUUGCAAAAAGCACCAAAUUCUGUUUACAAAAAUGGUGUCUUGUUCAGCCCUUAAUUUACAGUCACAAAUGGUUAGCUUCUGCAAUAAUGUUUUGCAAGUUCAAAGACUGCCUAUGAUUACCAAUGUGCAACGAUUUCGCCCUCUACCAGCUUCAGCAAGCUACUCACAAAGCAGGUUGUCAUCAUCAGCUUUCGGGCAUAGCGUUUCCAAGGCACCUUCAAACCCACAUCGUGGUGUUCGUUGUAUGAGCUCAUCCAUUGGUCAAGACGUGCAAGCGAAAGUGACUUCGAAAGUCUUCUUCGAUGUAGACGUUGAUGGGGAGUCAAUCGGUAGAAUUGUUAUGGGCUUAUAUGGAGACGUCGUUCCCAAAACUGCUGAGAACUUUCGUGUUCUAUGCACCGGCGCAAAAGGCUAUGGUUACAAGGGGAGCCACUUUCACCGCAUAAUUAAGGACUUCAUGAUUCAAGGUGGAGACUUCACCGAAGAAGAUGGAACUGGAGGAAUUAGCAUAUAUGGUUCUAAAUUUGAAGAUGAAAACUUUUCAUUGAAACAUGUUGGACCUGGUGUGCUGAGCAUGGCAAAUGCUGGUCCUAAUACCAAUGGAAGUCAGUUUUUCAUUUGCACUGUACCAACCCCUUGGCUAGACAAUCGCCAUGUUGUGUUCGGACAUGUGAUUGAUGGAAUGGAUGUUGUGCAAACACUUGAAUCCACGGAAACAGGAAGAGGAGACUAUCCCCGUAAACGUUGUAGGAUCAAGAACUGCGGAGAGCUACCUUUAGAAGAAUGAACAUUUUGAUACGAUCAACUGUGUGAUGGUGUUACCGUCUCUCACUUUCUACGCUUUAAUGAGUUAUUAUCUCUCGCUUUUUAAGCUUUAUCGAGUUUAUUCUUUUGACCGUACAACUUUAAUAGAAGAAUACUAGCAUUAUGUAUCAGUUAUCAUCCAUAUUUCAAAUAAAAGCUUGAAAGUUUUGCACAA